ACUAAAAAUACUAAAAUAAAACUUUAAUUUGACUAGGAUUAUGAAGGGCCUAUAACAAGAAUUGUCCUUAAUAUUAUUACAAAACUACCAAAUAAUUAUUUAAGACGUACGAAUAUUAAAUUGAAAUAUGGCCAAUUCCAAUCUUAAACUUCUGUGUAGUACCCUGAGCAAACUAAAAAUAAGCUAUGUUGCACACCGCCAAAUUGGUAACUACAAACCUCCGAGAUACCGCCCUCCUUACUGGUAUACGGCCAAGGAAAGAGUGAUGAGUGAAGAUAUGCUUACGCAAGAAAAUAAACAGUUCCUUGAAGAAAUUCGCCAGGAUAAAGUACAAGCUCAAGCAGCGUUAGAGUCACCCCUGUUGAAUAGUGAGCUUGUGCCUACUGCUCCUUGGGACCCGUACACCAGGCGUGCAGGACUUAUUGCACGCAAAAUUGGCAACUACCCUCUCUGGACAAAGGAUGGCAAGAAACUGCAAACUACUCUUGUACAGGUUGUGGAUAACCAUGUGAUCAAAUAUAUACCACCAGAAGAAUUUAAACCCAUGGUCACAAAAAAACCAGUUUGGAAAGAGAAACGUAGACUAGGUAGUCUACUGAUCGGUUCAGAGACCGUUGAUCCCACAACAGUCACCAAAGAAUACUGUGGCCUGUUUGACAGUGUUGGCAUGCUGCCCAAACGGCUCCUAUGUAGAUUCAUGGUUUCUCCACAUGCUGCUCUUCCGACUGGAACCCCGUUGACGGCAACCCACUUCAGAGUUGGUGAUUAUGUGGAUGUUAGGGCUAAAACUAUUGAUAGAGGUUUCCAAGGUGUUAUGAAGCGUUGGGGAUUCAAAGGCAUGCCUGCAUCACACGGUGUUACGAAGACCCACAGAAGACCUGGAAACAUUGGUGCUGGUGGAGAAAAAGCGAGAGUAUGGCCAGGAACCAAGAUGCCGGGACACAUGGGCAACAGUUGGAGAAUUCUACGGGGUGUGAAAAUCCUUCGCAUCAACACGAAACAAAAUGUUCUCUGGAUGCUGGGAGUGGGUAUUCCCGGUGAGACGGGUGCCAUGUGCUACGUGUUCGACACGGUCCUGCCUCUCCGAAAACACAAGACCCCGCCGCCGUUCCCCACACAUCUACCGACCGACGAUCUUCCACUAGAAUACUAUGAUGAAUCGAUCCAUCCGUUUGAUGAACCCACGAUUACUUUUGAAGAGGACUAGUGAAUAAGCAUUUAUUGUUUAGACGAAUUAAAAUUGUAGUAUUUGA